CACGUUCCUCCCAACUAUAUUUAAUUUAAAAGACUUAAUCAUUGUCAACUGCUCCAGCUUGUAACACAAUAUGUAGACCUGAUCAUUCCAUAAACCAGAAAGAGAGAGGAAGAAGGGGGAAAAAAAAGAAUGAAGCUAUCUCUCAUUUCCAUUAUCUUCAUCUUCGCCCUGCAGGCGUUAUCAGUCCUGCCGGUGAAUUCACAACAGACAGAUUCUUGCAGCUCCAGACUAAACCUUGAUGUGCCCUUUGAUACAUCUUCUCUCAACUGCCUUUCUGUCUGGAGCAGCCAUGAUUUCAUCCUCAGAUAUGUUCAGACCUCAUCGAACCUAUGGAGUUUUGUUCUCUCCGCGCCUGAUACAAAUUCCUUUGUUGCGAUGGGGUUUUCGAGCGAUGGAAUGAUGGUGGGAUCAAGCGCUAUGGUGGGGUGGAUCUCAACUGAUGGCACUGCAACAAUAAAACAAUAUUUUCUUGGGGGCACGAGAUCAAAUCUAGUGCUGCCUGACCAAGGGAACCUGACGGUCGUUAACAAUUCUUCCUCCAUAACUUCCCAAUCCUCGCGGUUAUACUUGGCUUUCCAGUUGAAUACCAGUCAACCCCUGUCACGGGUGAUAUAUUCCGUCGGACAGAUUGGGGUGUAUCCAACUUCUCCAGGCUAUGCCUUGGCCGAACACCGUGACAAGGUCUCCACCAGCUUGAAUUAUUUUACAGGUACAAGUACAGCAAAGAGCCCACACACAAGAUUAAGGAAGAGCCAUGGAAUACUAAAUAUGCUUAGUUGGGGACUAUUGAUGAUAAUUGGAGCAAUAGUUGCUCGUUACUUUAAGCAAUGGGAUCCAAUCUGGUUUUAUUCCCACGCUGUGAUUCAGUCCUGUGCUUUUAUCCUCGGGCUAUCGGGUGUAAUAUGUGGAUUUGUUUUAGAAGAUCGUCUCAAGGCUGAUGUCUCCACCCACAAAGGUCUUGGGAUCUUCAUUCUUGUGCUGGGAUGCCUCCAGGUAAUGGCACUUUUUGCCAGGCCAGGCAAGGAAUCCAAGCUGCGUAAAUUCUGGAAUUGGUACCAUUACAGUGCGGGGAGAAUUUUGAUUGUAUUUGCAAUAGCGAAUGUCUUCUAUGGGAUUCAUUUGGGAGAAGAGGGAAAAGGAUGGAAUGCUGGCUACGGGGUUGUUAUUGCCAUCUUGCUUUUAGUUUCUUUUAUUUUGGAGUUUAAAAUGUGGAGGAGAAAUUAAGCUUUCGGAUCUUUAGCUUGAAAAACACUCUUUAAUUAA